AUGCGCCGUUCAAAGUCGGCUCAUGUGAAGUGCGACUGCGGCGAGAAGACCAGCAAAUGCGUGCAUUUGCAGGCUACCGUUGACGGCCACAGGGAGAGCUGCUGUUGUAACCAUGGUGGUCGCUGCACCUGUUCGCACAAGAAGGAGCAGAACCAGCUCGACACGGUGCCCGAAUCCGAUUCCGAGCAGGAGCUCAGCUCGAGCACAAAUGCAAAGGCCUCCAAGCUGGUGCGGAAUCGCCGAUCCAGGGCUAGCACCCAGACCUCAGACGGGAUGUUGACCUUCGACGAGAACGGCCACCACAAGCCAACCUACAAGCACGCGAAGGCGUCCCAGAAAUCUGGUCCCUACCAGCUCACUCGGGCGCACUCUGCGCAGAGCGGUGGCAGCGGCGCCAACUGUUCCAUGGAAGACCUCGCCAAUGAGUCGUCAGCGAGCAGCAGCGGUAGCAUGCCGCAGGCGCAGGAUCAGUGCAUGUCCAACUCCGAAACGGCUUCGCCCAUCCUGACCGCAGCCUCGUCGGUCCCGCAGUCCAACACCCAACUACCACCUCUGGAUCUCUCGAGCGUCACGGGCUGGGCCUCGGGCUCGUUCAUGCCCGACAACUACGAUUUCUUCAGUAACAUGGACGAUCACCAACAGCCAAUGUUCAGUGCUGGUUUGAGCCAGCCUGACGUCGACUGGAGCCACAUCGGUCUUGAUUUUGCUAACAAGGACUUGGGCACUUUCGCCCCGUCGAGCUACAGCCAGGCCCAGAGCUUUGCUGGGUUUGAACAGCCCCCCACGUUGACCUCAGGCGAGGUGUCCGAGGUUGACGAUUUCAUCCGGGACGAGUUCGACCCCAUCGGCACCUUCAGCCGCACAAACACAUCUAGCACUGGAUUCAGCCUCGGGAGGGAUCCGGAGGGCUUGCUCGGCGCCAUGGAAAUGGGCAGCACCGACUUCGACGACUUUGGCAAGCUGGCCAAGGACGGAAACAAAUACGCCGCGUCUGCAACAGCGCUCGUCACAGAGGAUCCCGCCCUCGCCACCGCCAUUGCUACCUCAGGCGUCGCCGGAUUCGAAAACGACCCGAUUUUCUGGAUGGGCGACGCCGACUACAGCGGGAUGACAGCCGUUAAUGAUGUCCCAGACGUGAACGGACCCAACUUUUGGGAAGUGCCAUAA